AUGAAAGCACCGGCCACUGAAGGGGCAUUCUGGGGAUUGGUUAAAGUUUACAUAAGGAAUCAGUCUGCUUUAAGUAUCGAAGGUCCAAAGAGAGAAAGGCGUAUUGCGACCUCUUUGGUAGGGCAAGGAGGCACUCACAUUCAUAGAACAUGGUCCCGCAGCCUUGUCCCGGACCUUGCAACAGCGAGUUUGACUUUUGUUCGCCUGCAAAACGUGAGCUUUGCAGGGGUGCUUUGCGAAAAUCGUGGCACCUCAGCAAAAAAGCAUAUGUCGUUAGGAAAAUCACCAGAAGUGGGCUGGCUUUUGGCCUUCCAAGCGGGCAUAGCUGGCUUAACGGUUCGUGAGCUUCUGCAGAACAUAGCUGGCUGAAUUAUGGCCGGCUCGAAUCGAUCCGGAAAUCUUCGUGACGCAUCUCGUUCAAUACCACUAGGAACACUUGCCGCUCAGAUAUCCACGAGUACAGUUUGCUGGUAUGGGCUCAUAGCCGUUAGCGGUAGGACUACGGACCAAGCAUGUUAUCGGUCGCUUGUAGGACUUGGUCAAGCCUACGGUGUCUGGAUGUGUGUUUGGAAUGGGGUUUGGAAGGGUUCGGAGGUGCCACCAGUGAAAGCCUUCUCACAUGAAGCUAGACCUCACAAGUCUAUUCCUUUGGACUUGAUCACUUGCUUUGACUUUGGCUUGUGGUAG